GUGGAAAAUAAUAUUCUCUAGAAGGUGAAAACUGAAAAGUCAUCAAUCCCUUACUUUAUAUAUAAGCAAAUUUCCAAUUGCCUCUUCUUGCUUAAUCCUCAAUUCUCCUUGUUAAUUCCAACAAAUUCCAGUUUCGAUCGAUAGACCACACCCUCAGAAGAUGCAAGGAUACCCGCCGCAACAAGCAGAGAUGUCGAAGAUGCCGCCGCAGCAGCAGCAGCAACCGGUGAUGGGAGAGCCGGUGAUGGGAGUCCCUUACUACGUUCGUGAGAAUCCCUACCAGGCCGGCAUGAUUCCCCCCAACGCCAUUUACGGCGACCCAAAAGGGGUCCCUCUUCAGCAAACCAUCUACAGAGACACUCCCGCUCCUUUCAACUGCCUUUACUGCGGCGACACCGGUCUCACCACCGUCAGAUCAAAGCGGAGUCUGGCAUCUGUUGUGGGGUGUUUGACGUUCUGUGGUUGUGGGUUCUGCUUUCUUUUGCGUUCCAUGGACUGUCUCUGGCAUAAGCAGCAUUAUUGCUCACAUUGCCACCAAAAGGUUGCUGAUUUUGAGAAGUCUGAUCCUUGUAUUGUAAUGGACCCUCCUAACUGGACAGAAGCCAGCUUUGCAGUACCUGCAUGAUAAGUAUCUUCUUCUUACUCACAUUGUCACCGUACUCUGUUUAACUCUAUGUUUCUGAGAUUGCUGUGUAAAUCUUUUUUUAUGUGACAUAAUAUACGAAGUUUGAAAGUUGAAAUGGUAGCUGGACAAUGCUGUGUAAACUUAUAGAUUGAUAAUAAAUUUCGUGUCAAUGAAAUGCAUGCAGUUUUGGUUGCACUAAGCACCUUAGUUGAGUUUGAGGGUUUC